AUAGUUAAAAUAGUUCUUACAAUAGGAGGAAAUUACAGUGAAUCUGUUUUCAUCAUGCAAACGGUAUCACAUUUAUUAUUACUUACGUAUAUGCAUUUACAUUCUCUCUUUAGGUGUCGGCAUGGAUCAUGGUAUCGUUGGUGGUAAGGAGUCCAUUCCACACAGCCACCCAUACAUGGUCUACAUUUGUGACAAAAAAAUGCAUCUUCAAGCAUGUGGUGGAUUUUUGAUAAGGGAAAAUUUUGUGUUGACGGCUGCCCACUGCAAAACAAAUAAUCUCAGAGUGUAUUUGGGUGUUCAUGACACAAAUGAUUUACCUGAGGGUAUAGAGGUCGAUGCCUUUCCACAUCCAGAUUUUGCAAACGAGCAAGGUGAUGACAUCAUGCUACUAAAGCUUAAAACAAGAGCAACUCUGAACAAGAAUGUGAAAACCAUUGACCUGCAAAAAACUAAGGGAGAGGCAUUCCCAAGUAACUGCAUGGCCAUGGGUUGGGGCUGGCAAGAAUACACUCACACGUCUCCAUCAAAUGUCCUGAAAGAAGUGAACUUGACUCUUACUCAAAACUGUGCCACACCUGACCUUAUAUGCACUGAGGGAGGAACCGGGCCAUACCGGGGAGACUCUGGCGGUCCACUUAUUUGUGGAAAUGUCCCACACGGCAUUGUGUCUCACUCUGCAGGCAACAUUACGGUGUAUACUGAAAUCUCUCACUACCUUCAAUGGAUUCAUAAAACCAUGAGAGGAUCUUUUUAAAGCAACACAAACCAUGGAAGGCAAAGCUGGAUCAACUCAACAUUUUUGAAAUAUGAAAGCAUGUCUGAUUUAGGUUCUUCUGCAUUUUAUGUACCUAAUUGAAA